UGUUAUGAUUAUUGCACUUGACAAAAAUGGCGGAUGAUUGUGAUGUGCUCUUCGGCGAUUCCGAACUUUUUGAUGAAUUCGAGAAAGAAAGAGAACCGUCUGGUUCCUUCAUCAUAUUUGAGAAUGACGCUCAAGGAAGUUUAGAUAAAAGCAAGUUUGUUUUUCAAGAGAGCAACGAAUCUUCGUCUGACGAUACAACUGAUGAUGAACUUGAAGAGAAAAUGAAAGUAAAACAGAAUGAAAAUUCUGUAGCGUUUGUUGUGGGUAAAUUAAGAAAGCAACACUCAGGAAGUCUUCAUAACGGAAACAAGGCAUCAUCAGAUGGCGAGUCUUCUUCAGAAGCUGAAGAUGGACCAGUGCGGUUAAUAAGCAAAGACAGGCAAAACCAAGCAAAUAGCUAUAAGCUGAACUAUGAGCGCAAUAAGUUCAAGCAAUACUGCAACAUCAUUGACUCAACCAGAAACAAACCAGAUGAAGAGUCAGCCGCAGUGCAGAUUAUUUUUCAGAACAACUCUUUUUCAAGGAAGUACAAAACUCAGAUUGAAGACUUUGUAUACAGUCUACUAGAGAAGGAUAAAAAUCAGCCUCAUGAAACCCUUCAGAAACUUGAUCUCAGGAGCACAGUGCCUAGCUGUUCGGAUAUAAAUGACAAGAUACCAGUCGAGAAACGCACCGACAAAAUGUUCCAAGCUCAUGCAAUAAUAGGCUGCUCCCAGUUUUAUCGCUGCUGUCUGCUGGACACCCUUGGCUGGCCAUUGGUGGAAUACAACCCAUCUCUCACGGACUCCUGGGACAUUCCUACAUAUGAACAAGUAUUCACAGAUGUGCUGCCUCUUGACAUGGAGUUGGUACGGGCAAAUGCAAAAAAGAAAGAAAGAGAAAGAGCGAAGCCAAAGUGCUGGAACUGUGACGGAGAGCAUAUGCUGCUGGAGUGCAAGCUGCCACGCAACCAGGGAAAGAUCAGCGAGAACAAGAAGAUAUUCAUGGCCUCUAGCAAUCAGCAGCAGCGAUCUAAACCCACAGGUGGUCGCUACCAUGUGGAUGCAAAUGAAGAUCCAAGAUAUUCCAAGUAUAAGCCAGGUGUCAUAAGUGAAGAUUUGAGGAGUGCCCUGGGCCUAGAAGCGGACCAGCUGCCCCUGUACAUAUACAAGAUGCGGGCAAUGGGCUACCCACCUGGCUGGAUGGAGGACGCAAAGUCUGCACCUGGACUUUCCAUGUUUGAUAAACAUGGCAAUGAUGACAGUGAAAUAGAGGCACAAGCCGUACUAGAUGUUGACAAGAUUAUAGAAUACCCAGGAUUCACUGUGGAAGUUCCAGAUGGUUAUGCCGAUGAGUGGGAAAUGUAUGGACUGCCUCCACUUCAGCCACAUCAGCUCAAGGCAACCCUUCUAGCCCAGACCAGCUCAUUGGCAGCUUCUAAAAGACAGAAUGAUGAUGAGGAGAUGCAGCUGUCUAGCAAGAAGCUGAAACUGGAAAUGUCUGACAUGGACCUAGAUGAAGGCGACAACUUUCUUAACAAGACUUUAGAUCCCCCGUUGCCUGUUGAAACACCACCCUCCCGCCCACCUGUACCCAACUCCACCCCACCCCCAACACCAGAUGACACGAUCCACAAAUCGCUGCUGCCCCAGUUUUCACGUGAAUCCAGUCAUGCACCUUCGGAAACUAGGUCGGAGUCUCCAUCUUUGGAGGAACUGGAAGAGAAAUACAAACUGUUACAAAAUUCUCUACUUGUAGGAGAUGAUGACAGCAUUACUGGGGAUGAUUUAAUGGUGAUCGAUAGUUGCGAGGAUGAUACCAAUACAGGAGAGAGUUCGCAAAACCCAAUAGAUCUAGAUACCACUCAGGAGAGCGUCGUUAAUGAAACAGAUGGGGGAACGUCAAAGUGUCUGAUUGAAAUUGCCAACGAUUCAAUAGACAGCACUGCUGAUGAUUUUGAAUUUGUCAAGCCAAGGCUUCACAAAUCAGGUUCCACUACUUCUAUACAGACUUUUGGCGAACUGGGCACUGGAAGCCCAAUCAGUUCUCAGCCCAGCACGCCCACUCACAGCCCCUUCCAUGAUCUGAGGGCAGAUUUUAAGGGCUCCGUGUCAAAAUCCCGUGACUUUAGCACCCCCAUCAUGAAACGCUCAGGAAGCGUUGAUCACUUGCCUUCCGAUUCCAAGUUUGCUGUGGGAAUCGAGGAUCACAUACCGUUUGAAAACCUGCCCAAUGCAAUUGGAAAUUACGAAAAAAUGCGCGACUUAAUCAUGAACAAAAUUCGUAAGAUAAAGCCAUCAUUUUCAAAGAAAGCGACAGAAUAAUUCUGCGCUUUCAAACGCUCCAGCGAUUUUAAAAUUGUAUGACUAUAUAUUUUUUUAAUCACCAUGUUCAUGCAUUUCAUUACAAAAGUUUCAUGAUCAUGAAUUGAAGUAAAAAAUCAUGUUUCUAUUGUUGUGAAGAGUGUUGUAGUAUAUAUAUUCAGAUGCAAGUAGGUGUUCAUUAUCUCACAUCUGUAAUUUAUAUCAAACAUUUGGUUUUCACUCAAAAAUCACUUUCAUUUAUUGAUGAAUUGCAUGAAAAAUACUUAACUGUCAUAAAUAAAGAAAAUCUGGCUGCUAA